UUCCCCAAUCGGACAAUCUAUUUUCUAGAGGUAGUCAGAGGGGGGCAGCCAAGAUCAAAAUCUUCUGUAGCGACUCGAUCGGAUCUCCAGCCGACGCCGGCGACCAUGGCUCGCCGUCACCACCUCGUCGUCCUCCUCCCUCUCCUCGCGCUUGCCGUCUCCUUCGUGGCCGCCGCCCCUGAGGGACAUGGAGAUGCCGCCGCCGCCUUCAUCGACGGCGCGCCGCACCGCUACCUGCGGGAUCAGCAGGACGACCAGGCCACGUCGAUGUCACUUGAUGAAGUUUCUGCAGCUGUUUCCGUCUUGCUUGGUUUUGCACCACCUGCCAUGCUUCCCGCGCCUUCUUCUGCAAAGUUAAACAAGCUGCUACUCCCAAAGCCAUUUGACAGGCCUCGUGCUGUUUUCUUGAUGCAAAUUGAUGGAUCCCAUGACUCUGUCGAUAGCUUCGUAUCUGAUGCCGGUAGUAUUUACAAAACCAAGAUUGAGGGUGCACAAAAUGCUGCUACAGGGCUUACAGAUAAGGAUGAAUUGAUUGUCAUUCGUUCAGAUGAAUCUUCUGGAUCAGAUGUUCUUGAUAAUGAACUCACCGACUUGGCAACCUGGUUGGAGGGAUCCUACCAGAAGGCUGAUGGCAAAUUAAACAUCCCCUUGAAGAGUGGAAACAGUUUUACUUUGCUCCUCAAUAAGGAAGUAGACGUUGAAUUUGCAUCCAGCUUGAUCUCCCUUCUCAAAACCAUCAAAAGGGGUAUUCAGGUUCAUGAAGAUUUCUCAGGAGGCAUCGUGAGCCCUGCAGAGUUAUUAGUAUGCCGCUUCACGGGCAUUAAGGCUCUGGAAGAUGAAUAUGGUUCUGCAGAAAUUGUUAAGCAGGGAGCUGAAGUAGUUCAGACAGCUCUCACCAAAGCAUUUGAUCAAUUGCAGGGAGCAUAUAACGGGAAAAUUGUUGGGCUGGUAAUAUCCACUAAGGAGGCUUCAACAUCCUUGGCAUCCAUCAUCGAUGGACCAUCUUCAUUGCAUAUCUCAAGACGGCUUGCAGAAGCAUCGAAAACUAAUGCUACAGCUUCUAUAGCUGCUAUAUAUCUUGUUAGAUUGAGUCUUGCAUGGAUUACAGGGAUCAUCCUCCUUGUCUCAACUCUCAUUGGGAUCUGCCUGCUCAUGAACAUGCCGCUUACCAGGGACACGCUCCUAUAUUCAAAUGUCAAGAUGGAUUAGUUUUACAUAUGAAUUUUCGCACGAUGGCAUGGAAGUUUUCAAUAGUCAUGCUUGGUUUUUUCCUUUGGACCUUGGGUUUACAGUAGGGACGCUGAGUGUGGGCUUGCUGUUCACCCACCACCCAGUGUAGCAUAAAAAUACUGUUGCUAUGUGAACCGUUCAUCUAGAAUUGUACUGCCAUUGCCUGCAUGGGCUUCUCUCAUUUUCCCGUAAAUAAAUAAAAAACAAUCGAGAGGAGUGUAUUUUGUUAAUAUCAGCGAAGAUUGUACUAUAUUGUUGUAAAAACCCAGUAUCUGAAUAAAUUCGCCACUUGGAUAUUCAUUGGGAUA